AUGGAAAACAGUUCUCAGCGAUGCGAAUGCGAUCGGUGGUCCCGUGGUGUAGCGGUUAGCACUCAGGACCUCUGGAUCCUGCGCAAGGUCUUCAAUACUUCGUCAUCGUCAAGAGGGCUUUGCGAUGAGGACAGAAUGGAAAACAGUUCUCAGCGAUGCGAAUGCGAUCGGUGGUCCCGUGGUGUAGCGGUUAGCACUCAGGACUCUGAAUCCUGCGACGAGGGCUUUGCGAUGAGGUUAGAAUGGAAAACCGUUCUCAGCGAUGCGAAUGCGAUCGGUGGUCCCGUGGUGUAG